AUGUUGCAGAUGUCCAUGGGUGACGAUAACUACUUCAUCAGAUUUGUAGAAACUAGUCCAUCUGGAUCUGUCUGCAAUCCAACGGCAGCUCCUUGUAUCGGAGGGUUCGCUCGACUCGCAACCCUUAUCAGAGAUGGACUCGAGAGGAAUCCAGAGUCCUUAGUAUUAAACGGAGGCGACUCUUUUCAAGGAACUAUCUGGUAUAAUUUAUUGAGAUGGAAUGUCACUCAGGAUUUUAUGAACAUGGUCCAUCACGAUGCUCAUGUAUUAGGAAAUCAUGAGUUUGAUAAUGGUAUUGAAGGUGUUGUUCCAUACCUUCAACAUCUCCAAUCUCAAGUUGUUACCGCUAAUAUUAUCGACGACGAUGAACCAACGCUACAAGGACUGUACAAGCCUAGCAUUGUAGUCGAAAAGGGAGGUCGGAAGAUUGGUAUAAUAGGUGUUAUAAUAUCGAGUACUGACGAACUUGCAAGUACAGGAAAUUUAAAGUUUACGGACGAAGUUGAAGCUGUUAGACGAGAAGCUGAAAAGUUAAACGAGCAAGGAAUAAAUAUCAUUGUGGUUCUAUCACACUGUGGGAUAGAUAUAGAUCGUAAAAUAGCCCUUAAUGCUGGUCCCUAUAUAGACAUAAUUGUCGGAGGCCAUAGUCAUACACUUCUAUCAAACAGUGACCCUCCAGAAGGUUCUACUUGGACUCCAUUGGAACCUUAUCCCGUUGUGGUAGAACAGGCAACAAGAUCUGUAUUGAUCGUUCAAGCAGGAGCUCAUACCGCAUUUCUAGGGGAAAUUAAACUUAGUUUUAAUGAUAAAGGUGAUCUAAUCAAUUGGAAUGGAGAUCCUCACUACAUCACAAAUAAUGUAGUUCAGGCACCGGAUGUCUUAGACAAAAUUAAUGAAUACCUGCCGAUUAUCAAUGAGCAAGCGACAGAAUUAAUCGGAACUUCGAAAAUUCAUUUGUCUUCAGAGUGCAACUGCGGAGAAUGUAAUCUUGGAAGUUUUAUCUGUGAUGCUUUUAUGCACGAAGUAAUUAUGAGAUCCAAACGCAAUAAGUGGAAUGAAGCCCAUCUCUGUGUUAUCAAUUCUGGUGGCGUCCGUUCAGACAUCGAACCAGGAAAUGUAACCUUCGAAAAGAUUCUUCUUACUACUCCUUUUGAAAAUAACGUAGAGAUGUUCGACCUUAAGGGAGUAUACAUAAAGGAGUUAUUGGAGUACGCGGCAGCAAACGAACCAUACCCAGGAGCCAGAAUGGUCCAAGUAUCAGGUAUGCGAAUUGUGUUUAAUGGUAGCCAGCCAUUAGGCAGUCGUGUGUUUGAAGUGUUCGUCCGUUGCAUAGACUGUGACAUACCGCAAUAUUAUCCAUUGAGAUUAGACACUUAUUAUAAAGUUGUUUCUCAAGAUUUUAUUGGUAAUGGAGGUGGAGGAUACACGAUGAUGUCAAAUAAUCGUCAGAACGUUGAAGUGUUGGGUGUGGAUUACGACCUACUGUCACGUUACGUACGGCAUCAGUCGCCGAUCAUGAAGGACUUGGACGGACGGAUACUGAUAAAAGAUCCAUGUUUAGAGAACUGAAUUA